AUGUUACUCAAAAGGGCAAGAGCCCCCAAAGCAGCUGACACACCAAUACAAGGUCCCAGUGAUUGGUGGUCAUUUGGGUUACACAAUCUUCUCCAUCCCUACCAUCAUGUCUUAUCAGAUGAAACCAAACUUAAGGAACUUAUCAAUCAAAUCCAAUUUGGUGGAGAUGAAGUUGUCAAAGCUAAAGAAGGGAAAGGUAGUGCUACCUUGAGUAUGGCUUAUGCUGGUUUUCAAUUUGUCAACAGUUUGAUCAAAGCUAAAUGGGAAGGAAAGACUGGAGUGACGGAUAUGGUUACAUUGCUGUUCAAUCUGAAGCUCAUAUUGCUAGUGUGGUAG